CACGUGACUGCAUGGGCGUAUUUAAGAUCCUGGCGCGAGAUUUCCAGAGGAUGAAUAGAUCGUCUCAGCUAGGUGGUACCUUUUAGCAACGGUCUACUGAAAGAAAAUGAGCAACGUUACAAGUGGAAAGCUGAAACACAGCCACCAGAGGUCUAAUGAGAAUAUAAAGAGCUUUUUUACACAGUCGCCAAAGGCAAUGGGACCCCCCAGGCAAACCCUGCAGGUCCUCCAAUCCUCAGCUGUCAACAAAGAUCUGGGGAGGUCAGGGCAGGCAGGGAAGGUCAUUCCCAAAAGGAAACAGUGGCAUGCAGAGCAAACUAGAGGUCCAAAGAGGGUGAAGGUGGAAGUCAAAUCCACACAAACAGAAGAAACUCUGUGUUUGCUAGAUGGCAUCUCCAAAGAAGCAUAUGAACUUAUGGUCAAAGAAACACCUCCAUCUACUUACUGGAAAGAAGUAGCAGAAGAACGACGAAAAGCCUUGUACAUUGUUCUACAAGAGAAUGAGAAGUUGCACAAAGACAUUGAGGCCAAAGAUGAACAGAUAACAAAGCUCAAGGGUGAGAAUGAAGAGCUGCAAGAGCUGGCACAACACGUACAGUACAUGGCUGAUAUGAUUGAGAGGCUGACUGGCAAGGGCCCAGACAAUCUGGGGGAAAUGAGGGACAUUGCCCUUGAUGUGGAAGAGGAUUAUGAGGAAGAAGACUCUGAUUGCAGUCAGAGUGGUGCACAGGAGGGGGAGACCUCAGUCCAAGGACAAGCAGGGGCCUCAGGAGAGUAGGACCAACUAAGACAACUCUUGCAUGUCAUGGGACAUUAAUCUGCUUGUACAGGUCAACAGAUUUGUGGCCAUUGUGGUUUAACAAGUGUCUAUCCUUUUUCAAGGAAUAUUGUUCAAACUGCGCAAUUCUUGAAAUGUGUGAAGUUUAAUCCUUGAACUGAUUUUCUUUUACUGCAUUUUUUUUAAGCUUUUGAACUUUAGUGUUUUUAAAGCUAAGCCAAUAUAGGUAUUUGUCAUGAAGACCAAUGGUAACACCUGAGCUUCCUACUAUAAGUCAGAGUGUUGGCUGUGAAAAUGUGAUGGCUAUAUUCACUGCUGGAUGGGGCCAGUCUAAAACAUGGUCUUUAAGUGUUUUGGUUUACACUGUAAAAAUGUGCAAUGUUAUAACAGUUGUACAGACAUUUUAAAAUAAAACAUUUAAAAUCA